AUCCUCUUUCCGCCGCUUUUGCUCGGCUCUUGACCGGGAUUUUAACUCAGAGCUAUGGCCUCAGAGGUGGUCUGCGGGCUCGUCUUUAGGUUACUUCUGCCACUGUGUCUCGCAGCCGCUUGCCUGUUCAGGUACAAUGGGCUGUCAUUCGUCUACCUCAUCUACCUGCUGCUCAUCCCUCUGUUUGCGGAGCCCACAGCCACCACCAUGCAGGGUCACACAGGUCGUCUGCUGCAGUCCCUGUGCUUCACCAGUCUGUCCUUUCUGCUGCUGCACAUUAUUUACCAGAUCACUGUCCACAGCCUGCUCGCCUCCCACUCCAUCUCCAAGCACUUCAACUGCUCCACUUGGGAAAAGUCCAUCAGACAGAUUGGGUUUGAGAGUGUGAUAGGAGCGGACGCGGGAAAUGGCAUGCGCAUCUUCAUCCCGGACAUUGGAAUGUUUGUGGUGAGUUUGGGAAUCUGGCUCCUGUGUCGCAGCCUGGUGCAGAAGAGACUUGCGGAGGACAUGGGGCAGUACAAUGCAGAGUUUGAGCCGGAGGAGCAGGAGGAGGAGGAGAAGCUGAGCCUGGACGAUGACAACAUUUUACUGGAUGAUCUGGAGGCCGGGUACGAGGCGGAGGAAGACGAGGAUGACGAGCUGUUUGAUGAUGAAGAGGAGGAAGAGGAGGAGGAGGAGGUGAAGGAGAGUGCCAAGAUGAGAGUGCUGCGGAUCGUGGCUGAAGUGGCCUCUAAAGUGAAGGACAUCAUCGGAAACCUGAUCACCACAGCCGGGAAAGUGGUGGUCACUAUUCUACUGGGCAUGACAGGGAUGAUGUUGCCUUCCCUGACCUCAGCCGUGUACUUCCUGAUCUUCUUGUUCCUGUGCACGUGGUGGUCUCUGUGCCGGACCUUCGACACGCUCCUCUUCAGCUGCAUGUGUGUGCUCAUGGCCAUCUUCAGCGCCGGACACAUCAUCGUCCUCUACCUCUACCAAUUCCAAUUUUUCCAGGAGGCCAUUCCAGCGGGGGACAACUACACCAAAGUGUUUGGCAUCUCUCCCAUCAUCCACAGUAAUUGCUCGUGCACGUGGCGUCUGUCUCUCCACCCGCGGAGACGCUGGUUCCACUUUGUCAACCCCAUCAUGCUGCUCCUGCUCUACUACACCCUGGCCACACUCAUCCGCCUGUGGCUACCCGUGGAUCACAUGGAGGAGAAAGAAGAGGCCGAGUGCGAGGAAGACGAGACACUGGGAAAUGGAACAAAUAACUCUGCGGAGAGGAAACGCCAGCUGUGGUGGAGGACGCAACAGGGCACGGAUGAGAAGAAUGUUGUGCCCACCUCAAAUGGAACAUCUUUUGACUUUGUUACGACUGAGAAUGGUCCUGUUUGUCUGGACCUUUACUCUACCCCCCAAUACAAACUCGACCCCAUCACUGACAACGAUAAUAAGAAGGAGUGUGUGCUGGAGGUACGAUUGCCUCCAGAGGACUCAGACCGAGAGGAGGAGAAGGAUGAAAAAGAGGAGAAGGAGGAGGUGGACUCAGAGUCGGCUCACACUCGCCUCAGUGCCAUGGUCAAAGUGUUUCAGUUCAUCAUGAAACAGAGCUACAUCUGUGCCCUCAUCGCCAUGAUGGCCUGGAGCAUCACGUACGUCAGCUGGCUCACCUUUGUCUUCCUCAUGUGGUCGUGUAUGUUGUGGAUGGUACGCGACAGGAGACGCUAUGCCAUGCUCUCCUCCCCAUUCAUGGUGGCUUAUGGGGACCUGGUCAUUGUGCUGCAGUACAUCUGGAGCUUUGAGGACAUGGAAGAUAUCUCAGGACUGUUUGUCAAGAAGAACAACCCCUUCCACUCACUCUCCUCCAAGGUUCUGUGUCUGCUGAGCUUCUGGCUUCUGCUCAGACAGACCCUGACAGAGAGGAAGGAGAGAGCCCAACAGGAGAGCGCCGGGUUAUCACAAGUGCAGGUGGACGACCAAAAGAAGAAAGAGGAGGAGGGCGCUGAGGAGGGGGCAGAGCAGGACACCAUGCAGGUUCUGGGCAGUAUGAUCAUGGCUAUCCUGGUCAAAUACUGGAUCUACAUUUGUGGAGGGAUGUUCUUCUUUGUCAGCUUUGAGGGGACCAUCGUCAUGUACAAGAUCAUUUACAUGAUGAUGUUCCUGUCCUGCGUCGCGCUCUACCAGGUUCAUUACGAGUGGUGGAGGAGGAUCCUGAAGUACUUCUGGAUGUCUGUGGUGGUCUACACCAUGUUAGUCCUGACUCUGGUCUAUACCUUUCAGUUCAAGAGCUCCCUGGACUUCUGGUCCGAUCUGCUCAAAAUGGACAGAGAGAGUCUGAAGGACCUUGGUUUGGAGCAGUUCACUCUGGCUCAGCUCUUCACUCGUAUCUUUAUCCCGACAUCAUUCCUCCUGGUCUGUAUCCUGCACCUGCACUACUUCCACGAGCCCUUCCUGCGACUCACUGACCUGCAGGCCGUGGUGGCCAAAGAGCAGAGCACCAUCUACAGAUUGGCACAUCCGGAGGGCAGCCUGGCCGACCUCACCAUGCUCAGUGCUAGCUCCGUGGAAGCUACGCUGCCCCCUAGAGAUGAGGAAGAGAAAGCGCAGGACAGACAGGAGGCGUGUGAGUCGGAGAAGGAGCAGGCUUUGGUGGUCAUGGACGACAGCGAUGGAUUCAAACACAAAAGUCUGACAGAACUGAAGCAGUCCAGCUCAGAGAGUCAACACUGCAGUGCCAAGACUGAGCCCGAGCCCAGCACAGAGCAGAGUUCAGACCUGAGGAAUAAGUGGCACUUGGUGGUAGACCGUCUGACCGUUCUCUUCCUGAAGUUUCUGGAGUAUUUCCACAAAUUGCAGCUGUUCGUCUGGUGGCUCUUGGAGAUCCACAUCAUCAAGAUCGUGGCCUGCUACAUCGUCCUGGUUUCCGUCAGAGAGGUGUCCCUGUUGAAUUACGUGUUCCUGGCGUCGUGGGCCUUUGCUCUGCCCUACAGUCAGUAUCGCCCCCUAGCUUCCAGUGUGUGUACUGUCUGGACCUGUAUCAUCAUCAUCUGCAAAAUGUUGUACCAGCUGAAGUCCAUCAACCCGCCCUCCUACUCCAGCAACUGCUCCAUGCCUGCUGGUUACACCGCAGAGCAGGAGCAGGAGCUGGCGGACUCUCUUUUGUACCGGGACCUUGUGGAUCCAGCCAACUGGGUCGGUCUGAACAAGGCUGAUGACGUGCUGUCAUACUUGCGGAAUAACCUGUUGAUGCUAGCAGUCCUGGCCUUUGAAGUGACCAUAUACAGACACCAGCAGUACUACAGACUGAGGAACAAACUGAGCCCUCCGGCCGCCAACAUCAUUUUCCACGACAUCACCAGACAGCACCUGGACAUUGGCAUCGUCCACUUCAUCAAAUACUUCAUCAACUAUUUUUUCUACAAGUUUGGACUCGAGACGUGUUUGUUGUUGGGGGUGAAUGUGAUUGGACAGAGGAUGGACUUUUACUCGAUGCUCCAUGCGUUUGCCCUGAUCGCAGUCAUGUACCGCAGGAGGAGGAAAGCCAUCGCAGAGAUCUGGCCCAAGUACUGCUGCUUCCUGGCCUGUAUGCUCACUUUCCAGUACUUUGUCUGCAUCGGCAUCCCACCUGCAGCCUGUAAAGAUUAUCCCUGGAGGUUCCCCAAUUCUACAACAGACUCCAAAGUGGUGAAGUGGCUCUAUGUCCCUGAUUUCAGAACAAAACCCAAUCCCUCCUUUCUCAUCUAUGACUACAUGCUUUUGCUGUGUGCCUCGUUCCAAAAGCAUGUGUUUGAUGAUGAAAACAAAGCGGCUGUUCGGAUCAUGGCCGGAGACAACGUGGAGAUCUGCAGAGACUUAGACGCAGCUUCCUUCAGUGUCCACAACCCAGUGCCCGACUUCAUACACUGCAGGUCUUAUCUGGACAUGCUGAAGGUGAUCAUGUUCAGUUACCUGUUCUGGUUCGUCCUCACCAUCAUCUUCAUCACUGGGACCACUCGGAUCAGUGUGUUCUGUAUGGGGUACCUGGUGGCCUGUUUUUACUUCCUGCUUUUCGGAGGAGAGCUACUGCUGAAGCCAAUCAAAAAGAUCCUCCAUUACUGGGACUUUCUCAUCGCCUACAACAUCUUUGUUAUCACCAUGAAAAAUAUUCUAUCUAUCCUGGCGUGUGGGUACAUAAACUCUCUGGUCCAGCACCAGUGUUGGCUGAUCCAGCUCUUCAGUUUGGCCUGCACCAUCAAAGACUACAACAUUGUGAUCAACCAGGACAAAGUUUCGGCAGAGGACCGCUGUGAGGUGCCCACAGGGGAGGCAGGCAUUAUCUGGGACAGUAUCUGCUUUGCUUUUCUUCUGCUACAGCGAAGAGUCUUCAUGAGCUACUACUUCCUCCACGUGGUGGCCGAUGUCAGAGCCUCACAAAUCCUAGCAUCCAGGGGGGCAGAGCUGUUCCAGGCCACUAUCGUGAAAGCUGUGAGAGCCAGACUGGAAGAGGAGCGGAAAUCUGUAGAGCAACUAAAGAGACAGAUGGAGCGCAUUAAAGUCCGACAGCAGAAGUUUAAGAGAGGCAAAGAGAAGAUGCUGAGUAUUGCCCAGGAGUCCGGAGAGGGGCAGAACAUUGGCCAACCCGACGAGGACGAUGACGAUGGAGCACAGCGAGCGAAAACCAAGACCAAAAAAAAGCAUUGGUGGAGGCCGUGGGUUGACCAUGCGUCCAUGGUGAGAAGUGGAGACUAUUAUUUAUUUGAGACGGACAGUGAAGAGGAGGAAGAGGAAGAGGAGAAAAGGGAUGAAGAACCGCCAAAGAAAUCGGCCUUUCAGUUCUUGUACCACGCCUGGAUCACGGACCCCAAAGCCGCUCUGAAGGCUCGGAGCAAAGAGAAAAGAAAGUUCUGGAAAAAGUACACCAAAGGGGUCCGAAACAGGAAAGCCAAGAAAGAGCCGGGUCAUGUGACUAUAGACCUUGGUGAAUUCUUAAACAAUCCACAAACUGAUGAUGAAAGCAAAGAAACAGAUGGACCAGAUAACAUCAUAAAGCGUGUGUUCAACAUCAUUAAGUUCACGUGGGUGUUGUUCCAGACAACAGUGGACAGUUUUACGCGCUGGAUGAAUGAAGUGUGCCGUGAAUACAUUGACAUCUCCACUGUGCUGAGAAUAGAGAGGUGUAUGCUGACGAGGGAGGUCAAAAAGGGUAACGUCCCGACCAGAGAGAGUAUCCAUGUGUACUACCAGAAGGCCAUGAGGCUGAACCUGUCCCGGGAGUCUAGUCUGGACCAGCUGAGUGAGGAUGAAUCCACCUCUGGGUCUGGGAGGGUCCGAAGGAGGAGGACUGGCUUCAGGAUACAGAGCCAGGACUCCACGGCCUCCAGAGACUCCAUGUCAAGUGCUUACACAGAGGCCACCAUGCUGUUCUCUCGUCAGUCCACUCUGGAUGAGUUGGAUGGGAUGCCUGAGUGCGUCCCUAAAACCAGUGAACGUGCUCGGCCUAAGCUCAGGAAGAUGAGGGUCCUGGAUGAGACCAACUCCUCUGCAGACAGCGGCAGCAGCUUUGUGUCCAGUGAAGCCACCCAGUGCGUCACGCUGUUCUCCAGGCAAGGCACCACAGACACCAUCGAGGAGGUGGAGGACGAGCAGGACAAGAGCGGAGACAAGUCCCAAAGCGUGGAGCCAGAAAUGGGAGAGAGUCCGUGGGGUGAGGAGGAGAGAAAGGAGUCCCAGGUUGAUGUUCAGGAUGUUCCAGAGGAUUUGAAGAGUCCCAAGGGGUCAGAGAAAGAGGCUGGGACCUGGGAGACAGAGGGAUGGGAGCCAUUUGUGCCCGAGACGGAGGAUACAAAGCAAGAGGAGGAAGCAUGUGAGCAGCCCCAAAGUGAAGGUCCCUCUGUGCGACUUGAAGAUGUGGAGAUUGUGACUUCACCCGAUGAGAAAGGCUUUAUCUCCGAGAGUGAAGAUGGAGCAGGACAGAGACACUAUCUAUCAGAGGGGGCGCUGUUGUACACCCCGGACACAGAUGCCUCUAAAACCUCUGAUGCAGAAGUACCUCCCAGUUACAGUAAAGCUGUGAGCUUCGACCGCCUGGAGGUGAGCGAGGAUGAGAGCGACAUGGACAGGAAGAGGUUAAUGAUCAUGACGCCCGACAGCCAAUCAGACUGCAGCAGAUCUGACCUGGUCCUGCCCUCCAUGACCACAGAGCUGACCGCCAGUGAACUGCUGCUCAACAAGAUGUUUUAUGAUGAGGAACUGGAAGAGUCAGAUAAGUUCUACACAGAACAGCCCUUGAUCCUGCAGUUGUGUUAUGCCCUGUACAACAUGCUGGUGGCGCACUCUGAGAUGGUCUGUUUCCUGGUCAUAAUUUUGAACCACAUGGUCUCUGCCUCCUGUAUCACACUGGUGCUCCCCAUCACCAUCUUCCUCUGGGCCAUGCUCUCAGUGCCUCGUCCUAGCAAACGCUACUGGAUGACUGCUAUUGUCUACACAGAGGUCACCAUUGUCAUCAAGUACUUCUUCCAGUUUGGGUUCUUCCCCUUUAAUCAGCACACCUUAGACAAAAACAAAGCAUUUUAUCCCCCAAACAUCAUCGGAGUGGAGAAGAAGGAUGGAUAUGUGCACUAUGACCUGGUGCAGUUGCUAGCGUUGUUUUUCCACAGAUCUAUACUCAAGUGCCAUGGCCUGUGGGACGAUGAGGACCCGAAACAGAAGCGUGCCACACCCCCUCCACCUCCUCCUGAGGCCAAAGAGUUUGAAGAGGAGAAGACCAAAGCGGAGGAGAGUGAGAGAGAGUCUGAUCCUGCUUCACUCCACAGUGCCACAGAGAGCAGAGGGUCCAGAAACUCGCUCAGGUCCAUAAAUUUUGGGACAUCUAUGGACUCAGGACAGGUUCAGGUGUCUUGCCCCCCUCCACAGACCUACCAGCGCCGUAAAAGCUCCACCUCCGGAGGUUCCCUCGUGUCCCAUAAGUCUCUGCACUCAUCUGCGCGAUCAAAGAGAGGAAGUUUGACAUCUCGACACAGCAGCCACAGAGACGGCAGCGACGCUAGUGUCCGAAUGAAAACUCGGAAAGAGAUGGUCCUGGAGAAACUUAAGGAACAACUGUACAAAGGCAAAGGAUUCAUGAUCAGGAGGUUUCUGGAGAUCUACCUGCCCAUGAAGCAGUUCUUUUAUAACCUGAUCCACCCAGACUACAGCGCCGUCACAGAUGUUUAUGUCAUGAUGUUCCUCGCAGACACUGUGGAUUUCAUCAUUAUCGUCUUUGGGUUCUGGGCAUUUGGAAAACACUCGGCCGCAGACAUCACUUCUUCCCUGUCUGAAGACCAGGUUCCAGGUCCAUUCUUGGUGAUGGUUCUGAUCCAAUUUGGGACCAUGGUGGUGGACCGGGCCUUGUACCUGAGGAAAUCCGUCAUGGGAAAGGUCAUUUUCCAGGUCAUCCUCGUGUUUGGGAUUCACUUCUGGAUGUUCUUCAUUUUGCCCGGAGUCACUGAUAAGCGCUUCAGUGAAAACCGUGUGGCUCAGAUGUGGUACUUUGUUAAGUGUAUUUACUUCGGGCUCUCAGCGUACCAGAUCCGAUGUGGUUACCCUACUCGUGUCCUCGGCAACUUCCUCACCAAGAGCUACAACUAUGUCAACCUCUUUCUGUUCCAGGGUUUCCGCAUGGUUCCGUUCCUGACUGAGCUGCGGGCUGUGAUGGACUGGGUUUGGACCGACACGUCGCUCUCUCUCUCCAGCUGGAUCUGUGUAGAGGACAUCUAUGCACACAUCUUCAUACUCAAGUGCUGGAGGGAGUCUGAAAAGAGGUACCCGCAGCCUCGUGGGCAGAAGAAGAAGAAGGUGGUGAAGUACGGUAUGGGUGGGAUGAUUGUGGUGCUGCUCAUCUGUAUCGUCUGGUUUCCUCUGCUCUUCAUGUCCCUGGUAAAAUCUGUGGCUGGAGUUGUCAACCCUCCCCAAGAUGUGUCCUUUGAAAUCACACUGGCAGGAUUUCAGCCCAUUUUCACCAUGAGCGCUCAGCAGAAACAGCUCCAGAAUGUUACACGAGCCGAGUUUGACCAGUUUGUGAGGAAAUACGUGGACGAUGACGCAGCGCUGCAGUGGCUGGAGAGCUAUAUGCCUGAGGACCUGGUCAUCGCUGAGCUCAAAGGCAGUUCAAACUCUCUGUGGACCAUCAGCCCCCCAAGUCGCUCCAACCUCAUCGAAAUGUUAGACUCUGAUGAAGACUUCCCCAUCACUGUGUCCUGGUCUGUGCAGAGAAACCUGAGUCUGGGAGCGAAGGCUGAGAUUGCGUCAGGGAAACUGGUGAAGCCUCUGGAGCCUCAGACAAAGAAGGAGCUCAUCAAGUUACUGAACGGCACUGCCAACAAGGAAGUGGUGCUGCCGGAGUUGUUUCCUCGUUACAUCAGAGCUCCCAGUGACUCGGACUCAAAAGCAGUGGAGCAGCUCUAUGAGGAUAAAAAGAUGUUUAACCUAUCAGUGACCUUGAAGAAGAAGCCUCAGAAUGACUCAGAGCAGAUCCAGGAGUGGUGGAUUGUGAGCCAGACUGAAGCAGGGCCCAUCGACAAAAGAGGUACGCCUCAGGGCUCCAAGAAAAGGCUUGACCCUGGGCUUGACGUCUAUGUGUUCAGCGACCAAGUCAGUCCCCCCAGUCUGGGCUUCCUGGCCGGAUAUGGUAUCAUGGGCCUGUACGCCUCGGUGGUCCUCGUCAUCGGGAAAUUUGUGCGUGAGUUUUUCAGCGGGAUUUCACACACCAUCAUGUUUGAGGAACUCCCAAAUGUGGACCGCAUCCUUAAACUCUGCACGGACAUCUUUUUAGUCCGAGAAACCGGAGAACUGGACCUGGAAGAGGACAUGUACGCAAAACUGAUAUUCCUCUACCGAUCGCCGGAAACGAUGAUCAAGUGGACACGCGAGAAGACACAGUGACACUAGUUUGAUUUUUGAUUCUACAAAACUAGGGCUUUUUUGGGUUGAUCUUGAAGUCGCUACUUUUUUGAGCCAAGUUAGCGCAACUUUAUAGGCUAGCUAACAAGUCAACCAAAAUAUUCUAGGAGACAAGCAAACCACGUUUAAGCCAUCUACUAUGAAACUAUGACAUGAAUGGACUGUAUUCUAGUCAUAAUUUAAAUAGCUUGGAUUUCAAUGGAUAAUUUGGUCAAUUCAAGAUGGCUACCAAGGAAUUUCGUUG